CGCCGUCCCGUCGUGUAACACCUCGUCGCACUAGCCUGCACGAUGCCACCGGUUCUAGCACUUCUCGCUCAAACCGUCCUGCUGCCACUCAUAUGGCUGUCGGGGCUCGAGUUGCCCUCCCCAACGAGCAUUGCGUCGCCGGCAAACGACCCAAGCGUCCCCGUCCCUCUUCGCAUCGAGGGCGAGCACUGCACCGUCUUCGAGGGGAUAAUCCCCACCACAGGGCACAACAUCUCCACUCCAUCCUCCAAUGGCUCCCACCAUUGUGAUGGCACAAAUAAUAAGGCCCAUAACGUCUCUGGUCCAACUGCGACCACCGCGCUGGCGGACGCCGUGGAGAAGGAAAGCCUUCUAUUCGACGCAGUAUUCGAUACCAAAUUCGACGACUUUUUCAUUACCCGCGUAGGGGAUGGUGUCAAUACGAGCACCCAGAACUGGCGUCUCUACGUUGACUUCGUAGCUUCAAAUGUCGGGGGUUGCCAAGAACAAGUGUCAGCGAACAGACAAGUCCUCUGGGCAUUACAACGCAGCGACGUGCAUACGCUUCUCCACCUGGAAGGCCCGCACACAGCUUCCCAUGGAGUGCCUGUGGUAUUGACCGUGACGAACGGGUCAACAAGGAACCCGAUUAGUGGGGCAAGCGUUAGCAACCUUUUUCAGCCCACGAAUGCGAGUGGACAGGUUACUGUAACAUUUGAGGAGAAGAGGUCAGUGACACUGAAGGCGACGAAGGAGGGAACAGUUAGGUCGAAUGCAUUGACGAUCCUCGUUACUUGAUCAUCCGGGUCUCUGAAGCGUCGUAGUGGACUGGGUAGUAUUGUAGUAUCGCUGUACUUCGGAAUUACUCCUGAAGAGAAGAUUACUUGC